UUGAUUGCCCCUCCGUCUGUGCGCAAUUCCUUCGUUAGAAUGAUGCAGUGAUCUCGUCUUUCGCUUCUCCCGCGCUCCUUCUGUUGACGUUGACCCGUUACUGUCUCUCGGUUUCUCGCCUCUCCCUUGCCCCCAACCAACUUGGAGUGCCUGCAUCAGCCUCAAUCGACCACUUUCUGCUUCUUGUCCCGCUUGGUCCUCGUUUUCUGUGCCACCCUUGUACUAAGCAAGAGCCUGUGAAACAUCCACACCUCGCUCCGAGCCUGCAUCAUCAGGAGGCAAGGCUGAGCAUCCCCCGCUGUCACCGCCACAAACGAGACGACGGCUUCCAGAAAGGCUACGUUUUUAUCUACAUACCAUUUUAAUCUUAUCGAAACCGGAGACAGUGCCUCACGAUACCGAUACCCGCUUCUUUACCAUGCGUGGAUACCGCUCCGGGACGACGGGGUACGAACGCCUAGCACAGGCAGAUCUCAGCGACGACUCCGACACUGACCUCCUUGCCGAAUCGACCGCAUCUCUCCAACCCUUAUCUACGCCACGAUAUGCUCCCAUUUCUCAGCCUCGCCACCGCUCGAGCGUCACCAGUCCCAAGCUUGGUCCCUCGCGGCCCAAGUUUCGCCGCCGUCUAGGGAGCAAUGGCGGCGUGGAUAUCAAGGCCAUCAAUGCCCGACUUGAACGCUGGGCCGAAGAAAUUGCGGCCAAGUUCAAGCGUAAGGGUAGACACAGCCUAGGGGAGGAAGAGCGGCUAGAGAUUCAUCACUCCGUCUUCCAGCCACCAGAGGGUGUACGGCCUAUAUCUCCCGAGGCUUUGGCCGAGCCGCAGGUAACGGCCAUGACCAAGGCUCAGUUCGAUGCCGUCAUCGAGAGCGUACGACAAGCAAUCCGGCAGGAGGUUCAUCCCAGCAUGAUCUCGCAGGGAAGCUCUGGCAGCUACUUUGCUCGCAACCCCGAUGGAAAGAUUGUCGGCGUAUUCAAGCCCAAGGACGAGGAGCCAUAUGCAGCGGGAAACCCCAAAUGGAAUAAAUGGAUACAUCGAAAUCUGUUCCCAUGCUUCUUUGGGCGAGCUUGUCUGAUCCCCAAUCUCUCCUACGUUAGCGAGGCGGCAGCCUAUGUGCUCGAUCAUCAAUUACGGACGCAUUUAGUCCCUUACACAGACGUGGUGUGGCUGUCGUCCAAGUCUUUCCAUUAUCCCUAUUGGGACCGGCGAAGCUUUCAGAAAAAGAAGAAGCCUCUCCCCCCUAAGCCUGGCAGUUUCCAGGUCUUCCUCAAGGGGUUCAAAGACGCCAACGUCUUUCUACGUGAGAAUCCCUGGCCAGAUCAGUACUGGUCAGGAUUCCGCUCAAACGAUGCCAACCGACAAAAGAAAAAGCGGUGGACCGAAAGCUGCCGACCUUCUGCUUCUGCAUCAGCCGACGAUGCAGCCUCAAGUGAUGAGGAAGAGGAUCAGCGUGGCGAUGGUGGAGAGGGAUCGUCCCCGGCAGCCAACAAAUUCGUAUGGACAGAACAGUUGAAGCAGUCUUUCCGGGAAGAGCUGGAGAAGCUGGUUAUUCUCGACUACAUCAUGAGGAAUACCGAUCGUGGUCUCGACAACUGGAUGGUCAAAGUGGACUGGGAGACGAAUACAGUCUCGCUGGCCUCAGAUCCUAUCCAAAUCAACAUGGAACCCGUUACCGAGGAAGAUGAAGAAGAGGCCAAUGUUAGACCUAUAGAUGCCUCAGAGAUGCCACCUCAACCUACUCGAGCCUCGUACCCCUACAAGCGCCAGAAGCCCAUGAAGGCGUCUUCAUCCCGGAGAAAAGCUGAGCCAAAUAUGUCAAUCGGUGCCAUUGACAACUCGCUCUCGUGGCCAUGGAAGCAUCCAGAUGCUUGGCGAAGUUUUCCCUUUGGCUGGCUAUUCCUUCCGGUUGAUCUCAUCGGCCGACCGUUUUCACAAAAGACGCGAGACCACUUCCUGCCGCUGCUCACGUCGACAGCAUGGUGGAGUGAAACGCAAAUGGCCCUCAAAAAGGUGUUUCAAAUGGACGAAGACUUCAAGGAGCGCAUGUUUGCCAAGCAGAUUGCCGUCAUGAAGGGCCAAGCUUGGAAUGUCGUGGAGGCGCUCAAGACCCCCGACCAUGGUCCGCUAGAGUUGACUCGCCGGGCAAAAGUCUGUGUCUGGGAUGACUACGUCGACAUCCCUGUUGCUGUGCCCAUGAGGAUGACUUCUUCAGAGAUGCGCCGCAGCACUGCUCAGCGGCAGUCGCUGGAUGAAGCCGAUAUCACUGGCUCCGCCCCGACCAGCCGCGUCCCCGUUGACGAUCUUCUCGGCCUGGCCUCAGCGCCUGCAGAAAUGCCUCGCUCUGGUAGAUUCGAUACGGCGAGUCCGCCUGAAGACCCCUUUAUGAGCCCUGAUGAGUCGCCCGGAGUUCCUGACUCUACCAGACCAACAAUGGAAUCCCAGUCCCAGCCCAGUCGAGGUUACCAAGGUCCGUCCCGCGCGCUCAACAUAUACGAGCCUGAGCGCUUUCAGAACCAGAACCAGAACCAGAAACAUCAGCGGCGAUACUCGUACGCCACCCCUGCAACGCGGCAGCAUAGCAAUAGUAUAGCUCAACAGCUCUAUGGGGACAUCUCUUACGCUGCUGAUGAUGACGACCUGGAAGGGGAUCUCGGCUACGCCGCAGCGGAAGGACAGAUGGGUCAUCAACGGAAGGUCAUUGUGGAGCGCCUCGAAGCUGUGAAAAGCAGGAACCCCGUUUUCACAUGGUGUUAACGUGGCAGGUCAGCACUAAACCUGAUGAUCCAUGCUUUGUUGCGUAGGCUUCUUUAUUACAUCACCAAGGGGUUUGGGGGGGCUGGAUUUGGAAUUUGUACACAAAAUGCAUGUCUGGUGCUGACGGGUUAUGGGGGCGCUUUUUCGUACUGGCUCAUCUUCUGUAGUUAUAUUUCGUAACAGGAGACGGCAAUAAGAACUUCUUUGGAAUCUUUUG